AUGUUAAAAAAAUAUUAUCUCUUGUUUGUUUAUAUUUAUAUUUUAUUUUUUAAUUUUAUUAAUUUAAGUUCAAGUUCUGAUUCAAAUUUUCCAACAUUUGAUUUAAUUGUUGACACAAAUAAAAUCAAUUCAAAUGGUGAAUGUGGAGAUUCUUUAAAUAAUUCUUGUAAUUCAAUUCAAGAAGCAAUAGCUUAUUUUUCAAAAAUUAAAAAUCAACCUGAAAAUAUAAAUUCAAAUUUAGUUUUAAAAUUAGUUGAUGGAACAUAUAGAGGUGAUUUAAAUAGUUUUUCAUUUUACGGUUGGAAUAUAACAAUAUCCACAUACACAAUUGGCUCUAAUAAAGUCACAAUUGAUGGCAGUACCUUAGAGAAAACGUUCAUCUCAAUUUUAAAAUUAAACUCAACUUUGAAUAACUCAAUUUUAAAAUUAUCAAAUAUUAAUAUUAUAAACUUUAAUAGCAGUUUUCUUGUUUAUCGUACUUCAUCACCAGCACCAAAUAAUGACUAUACUAAAAUUACAUUUGAUUCAUGUCAAAUUUCAAAUUGUUAUAAAGAUUUUAAUAUUUACUUAAAUGGCGCACCAUCUUCAUCAUCAAAUAAUGGAUUUAAUUCAAUUGAUUUUAUAAAUACAAAAUUUGAAAAUAUUAAUAUCACUUCACAAUUAUUUAAUUUUUUAAAUUUUAAAGUUCAUUUUAUUUCAUCAAAUUUUAAAACAAUUACAUUGGGUAAUUAUUUUUAUAAUAAUAUUUUAGGAACAAAUUCAUUAAUAAUUGAUUCAUCAACAUUCAAUGAAAUAAAAAUCAAUAGUGGUAAAGAGUUUUUAAUUACAUAUAAAAAUGGUAGUUUAGUAAUUAAAAAUUCAGAAUAUAAUAAUAUGAAAAUUUCAAAUUCAUUUUUAAUUAAUGCUAACUAUAAUUCAGAUGAAGUUACUAUUACAAAUAAUACUUUUACAAAUAUUAAUGAUGGAUUUAUUCAUUUACUAAAUGGUGAUGUUAAUUUAAAAUUAAAUAAAAUUAUUAAUAAUAAUAAUAAUAAUGGUAAUAGUAAUGUAAUUGAUGCAAGUGACUCAAAUUUAUAUUUUGAUGAAAAUUCUAUUAAUUAUCCAAAUGCUAGAGGUUCAAUUAUAUGUGUAAAUUCAAAAAUCAUUUUUACAAAUAAUAAUGGUGAUAGUUUAAAUCAAUAUCCAAUUUGUUCUGAUUGUAAUAUCAUGUAUAAUGGAAAUCAAAUAUGUUCAAUAUAUCCAUCAUCUGGUAGUACUACCACCACCACCACUGCCUCAACAUCUACAACAAGUCCAUUUACUACAUCUACAUCUACAACUGGUGGUGGAAAAAAGCACACCAGUAAUUCAAUUAAUAGUAAAAAAUCUGUUUCUCUUCCAUUACUAUUAUGUAUUCUUUUAGUUUUAAUUACUCUUUUAAAUCUUUAG